AAGUGUACAUGAAUAAUUGUUUCUGAAAGGAAGACCCUUCAGAAACUCUGGUUGGAAGACCAUCACAUAUAGAGGGACUAGGAGCUGAGUGACAUUCUCCCUUGCUGAUCAUGAGGGGUCUUCUGGUCUUCAGUGCUCUUCUGGUGGCUGCCUUCAGCCAAAAGCGUUUUGUGGGGGACCAAGUUCUCCGUGUCUUAACCGACAAAGAAGAACACAUUGCAUUACUCAGGGAACUAGAGGAAUCAGAAGACCUGCAGCUUGACUAUUGGGAUGUCCCUUCCAAGCUUGGCCUCCCACUGGAUGUGAGAGUCCCCUCCCAGAGCCUCCAGCUUGUCAAAACCUUCCUGGAGUCCAACAGCAUCCCGUAUACCACCAUGAUAGAGGAUGUACAGAAAUUACUGGAUGAAGAAAAAAGGGCCAUGAGGCGGGCCAGAAAGUUGAAGAGGAGCUGCAGCUGGUCUGAAUUCUUCUCCUUCUACCACACCCUAGACGAGAUCUACAGCUGGAUGGACUAUCUCGUGGCCCGACAUCCCAACCUGGUCAGCAAAAUUCAGAUUGGAGAGAGCUAUGAAAAGCGGCCUCUUUAUGUGCUCAAGUUCAGCACUGGGAAAAGUCGCUAUCGUGCCAUCUGGAUUGAUACCGGCAUUCACUCUCGUGAGUGGAUCACCCAAGCCACCGGUGUGUGGAUUGCCAACAAGAUAGCCACUGAAUAUGGCAAGAAUGCCUCCCUGACCGCCCUUCUAGACUGCAUGGACAUCUUCCUGGAGAUAGUUGCCAACCCUGAUGGCUUUGCAUAUACUCACAGCCAUGACCGUUUGUGGCGAAAGACCCGGUCCAUCAACCCUGGAAGUCUCUGCGUGGGUGUAGACCCCAACAGAAACUGGGGUGUAGGUUUUGGAGGCCUUGGUGCCAGCAGCAAUCCCUGUUCACAAACGUACCAUGGACCCUGUCCUUUUUCUGAGAAUGAAACAAAGGCCAUUGCAAACUUCAUCCUCGGCCAUGGAAACGUGGCAGCCGUGAUCUCCAUCCACAGCUACUCCCAAGUGCUGAUGUACCCUUACAGCUACACAUCUCAGCCUGCUCCUGACCGUCAGGAACUGGACGCUCUAGCCAAAGAGGCAGUGGAAGCCUUAACCGCAGUACACGGGACUCGGUACAAGUAUGGGAAUGUCUUCAGCACCAUUUACCCAGCUGCUGGUGUCACAAUAGACUGGACCUAUGAUAUUGGUGUCAAGUACUCCUACACUUUCGAGCUGCGGGACACCGGCUGUUACGGCUUCCUCCUGCCGGCCACUCAGAUCAUCCCAACGGCUGAGGAGACGUGGCCGGCUUUGAUGAAGAUCAUGGAGCACGCCCGGGACCAUCCCUAUUAACACAGCUAACCAUAAGAUGGAGCUGAUGGCUUGGUUUGAGCUCAUUUGCACUCCGACAGUGCACAGAGAUACCUCUCCACAAAAGAGAUUCCUGCCCAGAAGAGCAUUUCUUCUUUCCACUCUUCUGUGAACUAUGAAACACCAUAACCAGAAGGAAAUACAGUUCUGCUUCCUCCAGACCGCUUCAAGGUAAAAAGACUUUCCCAACUUUGCUCUGCACCUCAGCAGCACAAAAUGACCUGUUCCAAACAGGAGACAUUACCACACCUGCAGCUCUCCUGUGAAAUGUGAGUUUUCAUUUCCACCUAGGAGAGCGUUUACAAUCUUUGCAAUCUCCUCCGCCUGAUGAAGAGUGCCUGUCCCUGAAAGCUUGCA